UGCAGCUGAGACAGCGACAGUUGGAUUGAGUUGGACGCAAUACGUCGUGUGCGGUAGUCGUAUAUGGCGUAGAGGCGUUGCGACAGGGAGUAAAGGAACGAGAAACGAAAGCGACAGCGAAUUUAGGAUAAUCGCGCAUCAGGAAAAAAACCUCGCUGAAGAUGGUGGGCGGUGAGUGUAUCACGGAUGGUUUGCGAUGUAUUGAAAAAACGACGAAUCGGACGGAGGAGAGUGUCAACGACGCGGCCGAGGAACUUGAGGCCUCCAUGAGAAAGUGCGAGGGUCAUCUGUCUUCGACGAAGACAAACAGCUGUUCGUCCUGCAAAGGUGUAAAUCGUACGACAGAAAUGGCGCAAGAAGAUAACAGCCCCUGCUGGGAUAGUCUACCCAGUGUCAUAUUGUUCGAGAUAUUUUCAUACCUGCCACAAGAAAAUCGAAUAAGAGCGUCACAGGUAUGCAGAAAUUGGAGAUACGCUUUAUUUCAUCCAAGCUUUUGGAAGAAGAUCACCUUCAGAUUUCGAGAGGAUGACAAUAUGUCUGGUGUCAGAUUUAUGACAAAUUGUUUUGGACUCAGUGUUCGUGAGGCAACUGUAAGGUGCGACAUAGUCAAUAGGUGUCUUAAGGAAGCUUCCAGGCUCUUAAAGAAGCUUGGUGGAAAUACAUACUUACGCAAAUUGUUCCUGGAACCAAGUUCCUGCACCUUAUAUUGGCCCACUCUGCGUGUAGAUUGCACAAAGAAAGAUCGAUAUUUCUGCACUCACAUAAUGGAAUCACUUCAUAAAAUCGUGGAAAACAGUAAUUGCUUAGAAGCCUUAAGUUUUGGAUGUCUUGAAGAUCUAACGGCAAGUGCCGGUCCGAUCAUGGAGUCACUUCAGCGUCAUCACGCGAAGCACCUAACGCACCUAAGCCUAGCAUCAGUCAAAGAUGAUCCUGGCGACUAUGUGCUUUCAGACUUAGACAGCUGCAUGUUCAGAUCGUUUGUCAGAUUAUCUUACUUAACUGUGGACUAUGAUUAUGUGAGCAACAGCUUGCUCGAGGCUUUAGAUAGUGGUCUUAUGGAGAGGCUAGUAAUCCAUGUGCAUGGAUAUGAGGAAGAUCAUCCUGGAACAACAAAUAACUCCUGGAUUAACUUCGUUGGAAAGAAUCCGCACUGUGAACUCCGGUUAAACCUUAUGCACUCUUAUCUGGCCGUAACCAUCCUAGAUUCGCAUAUUCUACAACCAGCAAUGCCACUAACUCAUUUGAAGGUGCUAUUUUGUGAGACAGUUAACGCUAACGCAAUUCAUCGAUUGGCAGCUUGGUAUCCAAAUACUCUGAGGUCUCUAGUGUGGAUAGACUGUCUAGAUUCCGCGCCAUACUCCCCAGUUACUUAUGACCCAAAUGAUAUAGACAGCCCGGAUCCACUAGUCUUGCUAGCUUGGAAAUGUACGAAACUCGUGGAAAUCGUCUUUCUGGGAUACAAGUAUUAUCAAGAGAACCUCCUGGCCAUAGCCCGUCUACGGGAAGGCACUCUGGAACGACUGGAAUUCGCUGAAAAUGACAUUUCCAGUGAAAACGAAACAUUCUGGUUCGAAGGACCCGCCAUAAGGAAUGAAAUUCAAGAGAUAAUGGGUGGUGCUUGGAACUUGUUAACCGACGCGGAAUUACCAACUGUCCUGAUGGAUCCACAUGAAGGUGACAGCAGAGAAGUCAUAAUGCCAAUGGUCCUGCGCGACCAGAAGUAAGGGUCGACGACCUUGGGUACGAGUAAUAUCUACCAUCAUUGCAACAAGUCAUCAAAGAUCAUCAACUCCAAUAUGUAUCGGUAACAGAUAGCCGUCAGCACCGAAAACUAUAUUAUUCACCAGGUACCAAGGAAGCGAUCCGUCGUGACGGCAGGUCAACAACUAAGAGCGUAAUGUUCUAUUUGUUAUGUUUUUUUUAAUUGAAUUACCCAUUAAUCGCGAGAGUAGCAACGAUCCUUAAAGCGUUAAGUGUACCAAUAUUGUCGGUCGCGACAAAACGAAACUAAAACGAAAACGAUAAGUGAUCGCAUUAUCACGUGAACAAGGAUCACGUCACUUUUAAAGUGAUGGAAAAGAUAAUCCUCAAGAGUGGAUUGCUUUUGGUUUUUCCAAAAAUGAAAGUGGAACGACACCAAACGAAAAACGACUCGUGAAAACUGAGAAGAAAGAAAGAAGAGAAUGAUAUAAUAAACAUUCAACACCCUCAGUAAAAUGAUUGACGGGCUCCGCAUAGAAAGGCGAAAAAAAAAUAUCACAAUGGGCAACACAAAGAAUAUAUGACCCUUGAACGAAACAUCCGCGCAAGGAUGCACAUUAUCGCGGAGCCACAUGCGUUAGAGGGUGCAUAUACAUUUAUAUCUAUGAACGUAUAUAUAUUAUGUAUAUAUGUACGUAUAUAUAUGCCGGGCUGUGCUUCUUUCUUAUAUUCCUCAAUAUUUAUUUGCAUGGAGGUACAUAUAUAUUAUCGCGACUGUCCUCCUGUUCCCGGACCUACCGUAAGCCCCAUAUAUAUAUUUUCGCGAUGAUCGAACUGUUGUACAGUCUCUCUCGCAAAUUUGACCAGUUUCUCCCAUUUAUCCUGCAGCCAUAAAGAUACAGAAGCAACGUGAAACGGAAACAAGGAGACUAAAACACUUUGAAAGUAUAUAAGCCCACCGAUAACCGAUAUAGUUUACCGUUUCCGUGCCUGCUGCAUGUACGCAGGGAGAGACAGAAUGUUUAAUGUAGAGUCCCAGUUAUAUGGAUGCUAUCCAGAUAUAUUAUCAGAAACACUGACAAAGGUGUGUAGACAGCAGGGCCGACUUGAAUGGCCUGUAGUAACCUAAACCUGUACCGCAGGGUAAUCUAGACUCAAAGGAUCCAAUGAACUAGCUGUAUUAAGUAUCCAAGAAAUUAUGGAAGAUAGAAGAUAGGGACACGUAUGAGUGGCAUUCAAGAUAACCGGGCAAUAAAGAUAGAAAAUAACGAGAGAGUAUUAAUCAACAUCGAGAGAGAUUAAUGUAGUGACAAAAGCAAAUGGGUCCGGGCAACAAUAAUGACAACAAAUAGUAACAACACGCGCCUCCAGUUAUGCGCGAUAGUGUCAUCUUCCAUGAGAAGCAAGUGAGAAAACAAAAGAGUAUAAGAUACGCGUCAGGAUGAAAAUAUUCCGUUGUUAACAAGAGAAAAAAAAAGAGGAAAGCGUUAAAAGCAUAAGCCAAUAAUAAAGAAAGACGCGAUGACAGAUAUUUUUCCAACUUGCUGGAAUUUAGUUUGUAGUUGAUACGUGUGCACGACUGUAAAAGCAUGAAUGGGCGUAUGCAUGAGACAAAAAGCAAGUCGAGAGCGUUAUAAGGAUACGAGGAGAAAGAGAAGAAAGAACGAGAGACAGUAGUGGGCGUCUGCGUGCAUGUAUGAGUCUGAGAAAUAUUUUAAAAGAAAAAAAAAAAUGAUGUGACUCGCCUAGACAAAUGAAACGAGCUCGACCGCUCGAACACGAUGUAAUAUCGAAUCGCGAUCCGAGGUUAUUUUUAAUACCAAAACCAAUCGGACGCACCGUGUAAAGACAGAGAGAAAAAGAGAGAGAAGGGAGAAAGUAAGAAAAGCAAAGAAAAAUUGAUAAAUGAAGGAAACAAAACGUGUAUGAAGUAUCCUCGUGGGCAGAACGCGUCGCGAAGUUGAAUGGAAAGUUUAUCAUCGGCCAACACACCAUAUAUAUUAAUAAUAAAAUGUAAACUUUUACAUUCAUUUACGCGGCACGGACUGUCGAAUGAAUGCUAAGCUAACUGUAAACUAGUUGAAUUAGUUGCUAAUAAUAUACUAUAUAUAUAUAUAUGUAAAUUCCGUAUAUACGUUAUGUAAUAUGUGUAUACAUAUAUUGUGUGUCUAUGUAUAUACAUAUUAUAUGUAUAUAUGUAUGUGUCCGUAUAUAUAUAGACACGACUUGAAUGAAAAUAACGCGCUGACGUACAGUGCAACGCGUGAAAUGCGCAAAAGAUAUCGUGUGGAAGCACAAUGAAUACCUCCAAAAAAAAAAAGACCUUGCAUGCAUUCAAUUUCCUAAAGUAAAAACUGACGAGGUUGGAAUUCAAAGUCGAAGAUAUAUGUGAGAAACGUUAACGAAUAUGAAAAGUCAGACACGAGAGCAGGUGCAUCCGUUUCUGUCGUACGAUUCUUCGGGAAUAUUUUGAAUUGUUUACAAGGUGUAGAUGAUAAUUAAAUAAAAGAAAAAAAAAAGAUGCAAGACGCGCAAAUUGACAGCGCUUAACAUAGAAGAUCGUGCAAGGAGAAUUAAAAAAAAUAUAUAUAUAUAUACACACCAGAACAGCAAUCUUAUAUAUUAUACAGUUAACUAUUCUGAGAUGCUAUUUACUUUUUCGAGUCGGUGUAUUAUUAUAUGGUUAUUAUUGUUAAUAUUAUUAUGAUCGUCGUAUAUCGUUCUUAUGUGCCGCGUACACAACACUAAUUUUUCAUUUUAUACACACUGUGAUCGAGUACGUCCUCUGUUUACGUGAGAGCAACAAAGAGAUGAGAAGGCGAGAGACUAUUUAACAAACAAAAACGACAAAAAUUAUAAAACCUACUUACGUCGUGAGGUUGCGCGCAAAGUCAAGAAACAGACAAAAUAAUUAUGAUAAUAAUGUAAAACCACGUGUAUAUGAAAGAGCAAGCGAUAGAAGACCACGCGCGCGCGCGCGUCUGUGUUCGUGUGUGUGAUUGAGAGAAAGAGAGAGAAGCAAGGUGAGCCGAGAUAAAAUUGAGAGAAAGUCAAACAAGCGUGUAAAGAGAGAGAGAGAGAGAGAGAAUGUCUUUUUUAUUGUUAUUUUUAUGUUAUGUUUGGGUGAAAGAAAAAAAAGGAUAACUGGUGGCUGUCCAAGACGGCAAAUUUAAGGGGAUAACGGUGAAAGGUCAAGAAGAAAGGUGGUGGGACGGGUUGGAGGGGAAAAGAGAGUGAAGGCGUAGGACGAAAUAAAAAAAAACGGGCCUUAAUAUGUACCUGAGUCGCGAUAAAAAUUGAUUUCAAUCGUGCAGUAAGAUUUUGUCACGCGACGAACAACCCCCACCAAAACUAAAGAAGAAAACAAGAUAAAGUUUAAGUCCACGACGAUUUGAAACGGGUGCGUGAUUUUCGACAAGAAAAUACGAGACUGCUCGCGGCCCUCCACUUUUCUUCUCGAGCCCACUGUAUGUAGAUAAAUUGACGAGGGAAUAACGCGUAAAAUAAGUCAGGUUAAAAUCAAAAGAAGGAGAAGUAGAAGGAAGACACGUGAGAAUAUACAAAAAGCAUAGGGAAAUAUACGUCAAGCUCUCUGCAGGGAGAAAUUGUCGUGCGCGACAAAAACGUCUUUACGUCUUCUCUUCAGAUACCGUAUGUAUCUCGUUGAAACAUUAUGACUUACAGAUAUAUAUUAGAGAGUCCGUGAAAUAAGGAAGAGUGAGACCACAGAGAAGGGUGUUAACCGUGAAAAAUUUGUUUCGAUCGUUUACACUUAUGGUUUAUUUAUUUUCUAUUUUUGAUCACGUUACAUCACGUUUUACCGUCUCUUAUGUUUUCCCUUGUUUUAUGUCUCUUUUCUUCAACUUCUUAUUGCUUCUCCUUCUGUUAUACUUCUUUCACGAUAUCAUCGUCAUUGACCUGAUCAUUAUUCUUAUAUCGAUCGUGGAGCCGAUCGUAGGCAGAAAAUUGACGAAAUUCGUAGCAAUGAAUAUAGAGAGAAAAAGAAACGGAUAUCCGAAUGUCUAGAGUGAGAACGAAUGCAUUUUACAAGGAAUUUAAGAAUCACAAAGGCAAACAAAGAAAACAUAAUUAUCACUUACACACAUAAUAUACGUUAAGCAUACAUUACGUAUGGGCACCAUCUCCAUUGAAGUCUCGUGCAAAUUUCGUUCAUUAUUUAACUAUCUUAUUCCCAUCUCUUUCACAAUCUGUUACGAUAAUUCGUAUCUAACGAUAAUAAGCUAUCCCAGCUGAUCGAAGAUAUCGUCAUUACCUUUUAAAUUCAUCAAAUUGUAUUAUAACAGACGCGUAGAUACAGCUCAAUGGCAGAUGAGAUGGUGCGUCAUGAUGACGACGAUUUACUAAAUAAAGUGGCGGUAAUGACACCUAGUAUAGCAAGAAACAGAGAGCGAAAGAGAGAGAUCAAGAUAUAUCGAUAUAUUUCAAAAAAACACCUAUAUAUCGAUAUAUAUAUAUAUAUAUAUGUAAUGCGAGAUAUUUGAGAUCUGCAGUAAAUAAGCCCUGAAGCUCACUCGAAUGAUGAAUAUGUUUUGUGAUGAAAUGAGAGUAAGAGAGAGAGAGAGAGAGAGAGGAAACACAAAUACCUUGAGAGCCAACUAAUAUCCCUUUGAGACGAAGAUACGAACCUGCCACGAAUCAAAAAUACUGUAUAAUAUCAAACGAACGUUAGUGAAGUAUUAACAGAAUGCCGAGAUCUAUUUUUUAAGAUGCGAUUGUAUAUUUUUCUACUAAGGCAGGCCUUAGUGAGAGAGCUGCGACACAAGAGCGAAAGCGAGUAACGGUAUGGGUUGCGAUAAUUCUCGAAAGAACAAAUGAUAAGUAUCAAAUGAACAAGCCGCGAAAUCGCUGGCGAUCGAAGAAAACGUAGGGCCGAGGUAACGCGUGGGCGAUCGUGUGAAUGUUAGAUCGAACGAACGUGAAAAGCGAAGCGAGAGUGAGCACGAGUAAAAUGAUACAGAAGCGAUGAAGUCCACGUCCACUUUGUACAUAAUUGAUAUCCGUAGCGAGAGUGAAAUGUCGAAAAUGGGGCUCGAUGUGAUCAAGCGACGAUCAAGCGACGUAGUCAGUGAAUGAGAUGCGUAAAAAUAGUCAGACCCCGGGUACUUUUGAAGAUAUUUAAGAUAUUUGCAUGUUGCGAGCGUGGAUGAAUUAUAGAGUCGAGUGGGCCGUAAGGAUAUAGGGCGAGCGAAUAAAAGAUCUGUGAUAAAAUAAUAACUAUUUAAACAAUGAUAACAAGCAGAAGAAACAAAAUCGUUUAGGACGGGAAGGACUGGGAAGAGAGAGAGAAUUUCCCAAACGAGUGCAAUGGUUUUUUCUUGUCGUCGUCUACGAUGACGAUUCCAUCGAUCGAUAUUUGAUGGAGGGAAUCGAUGAAAAAAAUAUAUAAUGAUUAGAGGUGUAUUGAUUGAGCAAUUAAUUCAAUAACUAAUCAGCUCGGACAUCCGCGUUUAUGAAGGUACCUGCGCUACUCGAACUUUUUGCUACUUCGCCGAUACGACGAUGUUUGCACCGUCAUCGAGACAUGAGGGGAGCAAAGGUACGGGGCAAAAAUCGUUGCUGCGAUCGAUCGAUUGUCAUUUUGAAAAUCGAUUAGUCGCACCAGGACCGCCGAUCACCGCGAAAACCGCGACAUUCCAUGAGUUAUCCGUGGUUGGUUAACCGGCGUGCUUUGCGAACGAAUGAUCGAUGCUCGUUUCUUCUUUCUUUGUUUAUUCGUUUCUUUUAUUAGAGAGGGAACGAGAGAAAAAAAGUAAAAGAUUAGCGCGAACGCACGUAUACUUUAUUUAUAUAAAUGCAUGAAGCUACGAAGUCAUACAGAAAAACAUAUGUAGAUGAGUAUGAGUAAGAGCGAUCAUUCCAUGAUGAAAAUGUAGAUGAGUAUGUUUUUGUUGGUGCCCCGUAAAAAAAAAAAAAAAAAAAA